UCGAUGCUCAUUGACUCAACACACGGCAACGAUGACAGGUGUCAGCCCAGCGGUUCUGGUAUUUCUCCUAGCCAUCCUGCACCGCGCUUCGGCGGAUGACAACGACGUGGCCGGGCGUAUUGCCAUAGAAAAAUGCCACGAGUACUUGAAUAUGGUUUCCACAUCACACGAUAUUAUCACUCUGGAUCUGGACUCACCCGUUCGGCAAGUUUACAGUCUCCAAUGUCCCCUGCAAAACCCAUACGUGGUUGGAGGUAAGAAAGUCGUUGAACACGAAUUUCCGCACAUGGUUGCCUUAGGCUAUAGGAUAUACCGGAAGAGUGACCGCAAUCACUAUGAGUUUCUCUGCGGGGGUACGCUAAUCAGUGAAUGGUUCGUGCUGACAGCGGCUCACUGCAUUAAUGAAAAGUUGGAUAUCGUCCGCCUAGGUGUUGCGAAGUUGGAUGAUCCAGACAGACAGGACUACUCGAUAGCGGAGCAAAUCAUACACAACGAUUAUUCACCGGUUACGAAGUAUAACGAUAUUGCGUUGCUCCGGCUGGAACGGAGCGUCAACAUAUCGUUAGAUGUGCGGCCUGCUUGCCUUGGAACGGAACGAACCGAGCAGAUUAGACGUGCUACAGUUACAGGAUGGGGCAAAACCUCGACCGGCUCAGGCACGUCAAACGAUUUGAACAAAGUUUCCUUAGAUGUGCUUCUGGAUAGAAGAAGAUGCGCUCAGAUGAAUAGCGGCCCAGGUCGCAGCCCACUAAUUGAUCAACAGAUUUGUGCAGGUUCACUCGAGGGCAAUCAGGACGCUUGUCAGGGGGAUUCCGGCGGUCCGCUGCAGGUGUUUGAGGAAGGCAAAUGUCGCUACCACGUGGUAGGUGUUGUUUCUUUUGGGAAAAUUUGCGGUUCUGCUGAGUAUGGGAUUUACACCCGAGUGUCACAAUAUCUGGCGUGGGCCGUCAAAGUUGUUUGGCCAGAGUUGUGGAAACGUAAAGAUGAGUGGGAAUACUGAUAGCUUAAAGAUGUUCAACUAGUUUUGUGUGGUUCACGAGACUUCACGUACAGUCAAAGCUCAAAUUUACGUCGUGAGAAAUGUCUUUGUAGAACACUAUGCCAAUAAAGAAUUGGAUUUCAA